AUGUCUUUCGAGGAUUCACGAGCUGCGUCGAGGCUUCGUCAACGAGCCGUUCCGUACCCGACGAUGGCCGUUAGGGAGCGCGCGUUCAAGUCUGGAAGAGCGCUCACCGGUCGGGCCGACGCAUCGAGUUCGGCGCUGCGCGAUGGAGCACCGGCUGCGGCGCCACCUCCGAUUGUGAAACUAGAUUGUAGUCCAGGGACUUGUUUGGGAUUCACGUCGACGUCGAACCCAAGAUUGCCGAUGUUGCGCAGUUCCCAUUCGGGGGACAUCGUCGUUUACCUACCUGAGGCAGACGGGAACGAGAUGGCCCCGAUGGCUUCAUCCACGAAUUGCACGCCGGAGGAGCGGCUGUGCGCCGCGUUCGAUUCCCCGCACAUCCUGACGUCGUCAGGCGAUUUCUCACUCGGAUCGCGUUGUCGGGAAAUGGUGUCGGAGCCUAUAGCGUCAGUCACUUCCGCCGAUUCCGUACCGCCCUAGAAUUUUGGCACACGACGCAUGGGCUGCGUAUGAACUAUGAUCCGAAGAUGUGGACGAUGCAACUGGCUGCGGCUGCGGCCACAGCUCCAGGCCCCAAACCGAUUGGCGGCGACUUUGGACGACCUCAGGUGCUUGGCCGCGGGGAUCGAUAAGUGCAGUCCGUUCGAUACGGCCGUGUUUGCUGCAGCGUGUGCGGCGUUCUUCGCGAUGGCGAGAUUGGGCGAGUUUACGGCGGGUUCGGCGGACAAAGAGUUCAUAGCCGAGCGGCAUCUAGCGGUGGCCAAUGCACGCCGGAUCGAUGCGACGAGCGAAGCUCCUCUCCGAUGCGAGUUGGACCUCCCGUUCGACAAGGUGCGCCGGCGUGUCGGCCGCACGCUGGUAGUCUCGGCGCGAGACGGCGAGCCCUUCUGCCCGGUCGGUGGCAUCGAUAACCAUUUCCGCCUAAACGACCCUCCACCAGGGCGGUUGUUCUCAUAUCGGGCGCGCGAGGGAGGUCAUCGACAGCUGACCUCCUCGGCGUUCUCGCGACGAAUCAGAGACAUUCUCGAGGCGAGCGGAAGGGCGCCCUUGAAUAACCACUACUUUAGGUCCGGUGGGGCCACGUUUUACCUUCGAGAAGGUGUACACACGGAUCACAUCCGAAACCUUGGCCGUUGGUCAUCGAAUGCCUUUGACAGGUAUUGGCGGCGGCACAAGGAGAUUGCGAUCCAAGUGCUGAGCAAGGCUGGCAAGCUUGCAUUCGAUUCGGUUAGAGCCCGAAUGCGUUGUAACGUAGGCAUCUUUCGCUGUGUUUCUUUGGUUGUGAAUGUGGGGGGCGUGACCUGUGGUACGCGUCCGGCGCCAGGGCGCCUGUCCGAACCCCCGGCGUGACCUGUGGUACGCAUCCGGCGCCAGGGCGCCUGUCCGAACCGAGGGCUCGGGAAUUGGGGUGUACGCAUCAUCCCAGGGUCUCGUCCAGGAAGAUUAAUCAUCUUCCUCAUCCCAACACAACCAAACAAACCGAAAGAUACACAAGGAAGGUCGCAAUUCCCUUCCCGCGCUCGAGAACCCCAUUGGCAUCCGAUCGAGACAUCGGAGGGGAAAAGCGCGGCAUCCUGGGCCGGGAGCAACGUUGCUCCCGACGGGAGCAAGUUCGGCGCGGCAGAAGCCGACACGUCCUGUUCAAGUCCGUUUCGACUACAACAGUUGACCCGCCUGCUGUAGAAGGCUGUAUGCAAUUUCUGACGGGAGAAUAA